AUGUCGGACCGAGAUCAGUCCCAACAGCCCGAGGAGCCCGUCACCUCCAUCGAGGAUGAUGGCUCCAUCAGUGACGAGCAAUGGAAGGCAAUGAUGGAUGUCACAAUGGCCAUUUACGACUUUCGCGAACCAGAUGGCCAUGAUCCGUCGCGAUUAUUCCACCGCAGCGUCAACAAGCGCAUCGUCCCCGACUACUACGAUAUUAUCAAGGACCCAAUGGCGCUCAGUAUUCUGAAACAGAGAAUCAACAAGCGUGAAUACAAGCAGUUCUCGGAUUUCGUACGCGACUGCGCAUUGAUCCCUCAUAAUGCGCAGACAUACAAUCGACCCAGAUCCCAAGCAUACGAAGAUGCGAUCGUGAUCAAGGGUGUCUUUCACGAUGAAUUGAAGAAAAUUGCCGAUAAGGGCGUGAUCAGCGCAGAAGAAGCCGAAUUCCCAGACCUAGGAGAAAUUCCCGAGGCCGAUCCUUUGCCCGAUGAUGAUGAAGAGGAAGAGGAAGAAGAGGAAGCAGACAUCGAGGGAGAGGGAGAGGGAGAAGGAGAAGAUGAAGACGAAGAAGACUCUGAUGACGAUAGCCGUCGGAGAAAGAAGCCAGGCCCGAAGCCUGGCUCUAAGAGAGGAAUCAAAGACCCUCAGAAACAUGAGCCUGACCUCCGGAAAAAGCGUGGACGACCUCCACGCGUGGAUACCCCAAUGGAAACCCGCAUCAAGACCAUCCUGAAAGGAAUCCGCAAAUUCAAGGGGCCUGGCGGCCAUCCGAAGAUCGUUCAUUUCGAGAGGCUUCCCGACAAGGCCACCUACCCGGACUAUUACAUGGAGAUCAAGGAGCCGAUUGCCAUCGACAUCAUCAAGCGCAAAUCGAAGCGCAAGAAGUACAACUCCGUGGAUCAUUUUAUGCGGGAUUUGGACCUGAUGUUCGACAAUGCCAAGGCCUACAACCAGUCCGAAAGUCAAAUCUACAGAGAUGCUGUUGACCUGCAGGGCGAGUCUCGGAAGCUGGCUGAGCAGGAAAAGAAGAAGCCCGAUAGCGAGUAUCUCAUGGAAGACGGCCGUUUCCCCUUGCCAGACGGUAUCUUGCACCGAGGCGAGCUGUGGAAAGUCGGAGACUGGGUUCACAUUCAAAACCCCAACGAUGUGUCCAAACCCAUUGUCGCGCAGAUCUAUCGAACUUGGCAGGAUGCAGAGGGCGAGAAGUGGAUCAACGCAUGCUGGUAUUAUCGCCCUGAGCAAACUGUGCAUCACUUUGAAAAGCACUUCUAUCCCAACGAAGUAGUGAAGACGGGUCAAUACCGAGAUCACCGGAUUGACGAGAUCGUCGACCGUUGCUUUGUUAUGUUUUUCACUCGCUAUAGCAGGGGCCGCCCCAGAGACCUCGCUCCGGACAAGGACAUCUAUGUUUGCGAGGCACGCUACAAUGAAGAGAAACAUAAACUAAACAAGAUCAAGACAUGGGCUAGCUGCCUGCCGGAUGAAGUGCGCGAGAAAGACUAUGAGAUGGACCUUUUCGAUGUGCCUCGAAAGAUAAAGAAAGUACCCAGUCCCAUCAAGCAUCUUCUCAAGGAAGAUGCAAAGGAGACAGACGAUCUUCCCCGGCCGGCAUGGGGUGCGGAUAAUGCGCCGCCAGUCGUGGGUGCUGUUCACCGUCGCCCCAGAGAUGAGAACGAAUCGCCGCCGCCAGAGCCAACCCCAUCUCCGCCUCCUCCAUCUCUACCCCCGCCUCCCAUGGCAUCCGCUACGCCCCGUCCAUCGAUGGGCCAGACUUUGGCCAGUGCUGGUUUGGCUGGUCCGGGUAAUGUUGGAGGUGUACUCCAGGCGCCAUCCUCCGCGACUCCAAUGAACCAGACAUCCCCUGUGCCUAUUCCUUCCGCGGCUUAUCAGGGCCAGAUGAACCCACAGAUGUAUCAACCCAACCAGCGACGCACGAGCAGCUUUGUACCCCAGACUCCGGCUGCGGGCUAUCAGGCUUCACCGGUGGCGCACCCCUAUUCGGCGGCACAGCCCUCGCCGUCACCAUACGGUUCCUACUCCGCCAACCGUCUCCACACCACGGCGGCCCCGGUAUACAACCCCAACGCACCGCGCCCGGUUGAAGUUUUCCAUCUGGUAGAUGCAGCGAAUGCCGCCAUUCCCGAGGAUGUUCGAAAGCAAUUCCACUGCGACGAGAGAGGCCAUGUCCUCUUCUUCUCUGCCCCGCCGCUGGAUAUUAUCCCACCUUUCCAGCCAAAGCUAGGACACUCUCUCAAGUAUCUGGUAGCGAAAGAGGAGCGCCAGAAGAACGUGGCAGCGAGAAAACGCAAGCUAGCCGAUGAUCAGAAGCGACGGGACGAAGAAGCUAAACGCCAACGAGCAGAUGGAGAGACAGAACUCGCAGCCCGGGUUGAGGCUCUUGUCCCGAAUGCGAUUGAAUCUAUGUUCCACCAGAUUGCCGCUGGUACAGACGAGUUAUACAGAGGGUUCUACCAAGGCAAGGCAGACAGUGCCCGGGCCGCCGACGUCAGAGCUCGCGAAGGCAGGAUCCAAGUCGACCAGCUGGCUCGCCAGCAGACAGUGCAGAUCCAAGCCCAAUCCUCAAAUGAGGAAUUCGUGAACCUCAAGGGCACUGCCAUGUAUCUAGGUGACAACUAA